AUGUCCUCUCAAGUAUCCAGAUCUGAUUUUCUUCCACCAGUAUCUGCACAGCCUCGCAAGUCAUUAUUUGGUGGACCCAGCAGUGAUGUCGACCAACCGUCCUCUCCACCAGCGCUAGCGAGACAGUCACUCUUCGGUGGGCCAGCCAGCCAGUAUGAUCCUCCACAGCGCAUAAAUGUGGAUGAGCCCACAGAUGAGGAAGACGAGGAAUCUGAAAAUGAAUUGAAUAGGCUUAUGAGAGAACGGCCACUGCAGGCGCAUUAUGACUCUGAUGGCGACAGUUUCCACGAAAGUGGUAAUGAUCAGAAAGCACCAAUGCUAAGAAGGUCCAGGUCUUCUCCAGUGGCAGAUUCAAGCCAACCAACAAUUACAAGGCCGGCUGAGCCGGUUUAUUACACUGUGGACCGAGGUCUUGACCUUCGGCCUGGGGCUAGGCGUCCAAAUAUCUUCACUGGGCACUCAUCCACAUGGAGGAAAUACAAUGCAGACGACAUCGGUGCUUAUGAAGCCAUUCUUAAUAACAGAUCAAGAGAUUUGGCAGCUCAUCUGUACAAUGCUCAUGCGAUUCGCAGGCGAACGCGGGCCUUUUUGGCAAGAACAAAUGCCGAUGAUGAGUUAAAGUUUUCUGUUCCCCGGCGAUGGACAGCGUGGCCUUUGCCUGCUGCUGAUGUUCCCAGACUUGAUGAUAUCAUCAAAGACAAGCUGGAUGACCUUGAUAAUAUGCGGAUGGAACCCGAUCCUCGUCCCAGUGCCGAUUUGGAAGAAUGCAUUACGGCUCUCAUUUCGAAGAUUGCCAGGGAGAAAUACCGAGCCCGGGAGUGGGAUUAUGAGGAUAUCUCUACGAAAAAAAUUGUCAAUGGGGAUGAAAUUAUGCGGGAUGAAAUCCCACAGAAAGAAGAAGACGACGACGAUGACGACGAGCGAAUUGAUACGACCUCUUUUGAGCCAAUCAAUCAACUGGAUGAUGCCAAAUCUGCAGAGCAAUUACGUCCGUUGACAAGAAAUGUCAUGACCCAGUUAGACCGGCUGCUAAUGGGGCUUCAUUAUUCCAUGAAAGGUCGCAUGCUCGAGGAUGUUUCUGGGGACGAGCAGCCAUCUGACACAGAUGACGAUGAAGGCCUUCCAAGAACAUCUAGGAGAACACCUUAUCGCUCCAUCAGUGCCCGGAUGUCCUCUGGAGUAGACACCGACGACGAGAACUUGCCAGAGGCACCUUUCUCACGAGAUCAGUCCCGUGCCUCUCACACAAGCCAGGACCAAGAAGGAGGCUCUUUCUCCAAGGGCAGACUCAAAUUGCGUGACUGGAGUGAGGUAAUGGGUCUAGCAUCCAUGAUGGGAUUCCCCUCUGACGUGAUAAUGCGUACUUCAAAACGAUGUGCAGAUCUCUUCGGUGAAGACCUUGAAUUCAGAACAUUGCCGGAAGGCCACAUCCGGAAGAAGCAAAAAUCAAAUGGUCGGGAGCAAUAUUCCUACACCGAGAGCGAAAGCGAGAGUGAGAGUGACAUUGACCGUGACUCGGCACCACCAAUGCCGCCACCAUUGACCGAUUCCACGCCAAAGGUUAAACCCAGAGCCAACAGCAAAUCCAACUCCAAGACCAAACCAAACUCAACCCCAAAAGCCAAGCCCCAGUCCAAGGCUUCAUCCUCUCGACGAAAACAACCCAAAACUCCCGCCAUUGUCCCAUCCUCCUCGCCGGAAGCCUCCCCAGAGCCCUCAAAUGCCCCCUCAAGAAACCCAUCGAGACCUCGAUCAAGAUCUCUAUCAAGAGCCGCCUCACAGAACAUAGAACAAGGAACAGAACGAGAAUCAAGACCUGUCCGACCAGGCAUUGGCAAAGGCCCUCACCGGAAAGCAGAUAUCCUCUGUCCCUACAAGGAUUGUCCUCGACGUUCGAAUGGAUUCUCACGCAGAUGGAACCUCAACCAGCAUAUGAAGAAGUCGCAUGGUGUGACUGUGAAUGAGAGUUCGAAUCAGCGUGGUGUAAGUGGGCCGGAGGAUGAGUCGGCUAUCAUGAUUGAUUAG